AUGGAGGGUGUACCGAACAAGUUUGUCCACCUCGUUGACUUUUGCUGCCUCGGCCGCAGGAAGAAGCACCAAGAACCCAUCGAACUGACACCCCCCUCGAGGAACGCCUACGGACAGAAGCUCAUGCAGACCCUGGAGCACAGGGAGAGAAGAGGCGGGCCCAGCACGACCACCCCCAACAAGGCAGACGUCUCCAAGCCCCUGCCCGUGCGGCCCCCGGGCAGGGCCUCGCUCGACCUCGGCAGGCCCGGCCGCCCGUCGGCAGACCUGAGCGACCUCGUCGGCAGCGACGCCGAGGACGGGGCCGUGCCGCACCGGUACGACCGCGCGUGGUACGAGUUCCUGGGCAGCCUGCACAACGCCCUGAAGCACACGCGCUACUCGAUCAGCGGGCGCAUGGGCAUGAGCGUGUGGGGCUGCUCGUCGGGCGCCAGGUCGGGCCUGUCGGUCGUGUGCCCGGCCGAGUCGCGCCAGGCCGUCAAGCUGUGGUGCCUCAGCUCGUCGGGCCGCUUCAGCCUGACCGACUCGGAGCCCGACGUCCUCGUCUUCCAGGCGCCGGGUUCGGCGAGGGGUGAGCCCUCGCCGUCGCGCACGUGGCGCAUCCGCAUCCGCUGGCUGCGCGAGCCCGCCUUCGAGGCCAUGCCCAAGGUCGAGAUGGCCCUGCGCUACGACGACGGCAACCCCUACGCCGGCGAGCAGGUCGCCGAGGUCAACGUGCUGACGCUCCCCGCGCUGCUGGACAACUGCGCCGCCGCGUGGGUCGAGCACGUCCGCAGGCACGGCGAGGGCGCGGACGACCGCCGCAUCCGGGGCAUCGAGGAGGACGUCUUCUCCAUCCUCGAGCGCGUCAUGGACCUCGGCUUCGCGGAGCAGGGGUCCGGCCCGCUGACGGCGCUCGAGUGCCGCCACGUCGUCCGCGCCAGCUUCUGGGCGCCCUUCACCGCCAAGCACGCCGACUCGCCCGCCAUGUUUGCCCUCUGCGGCCUGCCGCUGCCCCAGGACGAUCCGACGACAACUACUACCACGGCGCAGCAGACUGGCCCGGGCGCCGACACGUCUUACGUCGAGGACACGCGGUUCUCCAACCCCCGGCCUGCCCCUGCUGUCCCGCCCAAGGACGCGGGCCGCGACCUGACCGCCAGCGCCAGACGGCAGCCUGCUGGUGGCCCGGCGCCCAAGUCCUCGCCCAUCCACGCCUCGUUUCUGGAUCUGUUCAAAACCCCUUCCGGCCGCAGGGAGCCCACCGGGACCGGGGAGUCGAAGCAGCGCCGGCACGCCGAGGACGCCAGGCGGCUCGAGGAGCAGGUCAGCCGUGGCGCGCGCAGGCUGGCGGACAGGGAGCGCGAGCGGAAGGGCCGUGACAGCGGCAGCAGCAGUGGGAAGGGGAAGGGGAAGGGCAAGGAGAGGGAGGGCAGAGAUGGACGGGGCUUGACGCGGGCGCCCUCUUCGAGGCUGAGGGACGACGGCAAGGACAGCAGCACCCCGCGGUCGUCUGCGUCGCACCGGCGGGCGGUCUCUGAUUCUGCCUCAGGCCCCGUCACGCUGGGAAAGGGCAAGGAGAGGGAGAGGGAGAGGGAGAGCAGCCGCAGAAGUGGGGCGGAUCGUGUUGAACUGGACGGGCGGGGGGGCUUGACGCGGGUGCCCUCCUCGAGGCUCAGGGACGGCGGCAAGGACAGCAGCAGCACCCCGCGGUCGUCUGUGUCGCACCGCCGGGCGGUCUCUGACUCUGCCUCUGGCUCGGGGCCCAUCACGCUGCCUGAUGGGACCAAGGUAAGUUAUUUCGACUCGUCUGCUCUUGAGAGGACGGCCUCCGGCCAGGGGCGGGUCCCCACCCGUGGUCACUUUGCCGAUCUUUUCAUCGUUGACGACGGGGAGGCGUUGUAA